UACUUAGCCUUACAGGUCAAAAGUAGGAUUUUAUAAUCAACUCUAAGUGUAACUGGGAGCCAGUGCAACCAGUGCAACAGUCAGUGGUUUAGUUCAACCCACUAAGGUCCCCCAUUCAUAAAAGCAUUUUACACACAUAGUGUGUGUGUAUAUAUAUGUAUGUGCGUACAGUACAUAUAUGUAUGUUUGUGUGACACGUGAUUUGAACGUUUCUUUCGAAUAAGUACACAAAAAAAAAUGAAAUUUCUAAAAAUAUGAACACGAUUUAAGGUAUUUUCCUAAGUUUCUCCUUUUUUUUUUUUCAAGCAUUCAUCGUGGGCCAUGCGGAGUUGUAACGUGAGCUGACAAUCCCACGCCCGUCCCCGUUGUCGUGGGGGGGGUGACGGUUGUUGUGCGGACCGAGUGAGCACAGCCGGACUGCGCGCGCCACGGAGGCUGGAGCGUUCCUGCAUCUCUGAUAUAUGAAUGAAUGUUCAGCUUCACUCAUUCCUGUGUCUAAGUAAAGGACACGUGAUUUGCGCUGUGUCCGGAAAGCUGCGUCUGCAGAAACAACAACGAGCUGGCGUCGUGGAUGGUGUUUUAUUUUCUGACAUGAUCCAGAUCCCGAUUCACGAGAAGCGCCUGAGCCCAGCAUUCUCGAGCCAUGCACCGCUGUCGCACGCCGGCAGGUUCCCGCGCGCAGUUCGGACUCAACGGGAACGCGCACAUCGCCCGGGGAGACGCGCAGAACCACAGCGGCUCGUUCAUGACAACUUAUUUUUAGACUGCGAAAGGGCCCGGCUCGCCCCUGGACAUGAGGUCGCCACCCGACUCGUAACUGACGGUGCGCGGGCGCGCGCUCCCUCUCACAAUCGGCGGUGUGGGAACGAGACGGUGAGCGUGUUUGAGGAUGAGUCACUGCAGUUCUUGACCUGCGAGGAGAGGGAGAGCAUUCUGUUCCUGGAGCAGACCAUUGACUCUCUGGAACAGGAACUGGAAGAUGAGGACCUGUCCCUAGGGAGCAGCCCUGCAGCGGAGAGCCGCUCCACCGAUCCCAGGCGAUCCAGUGUGCCUGAGUUGCCUUCGAGCCUCAAGGAGCAGGACAUCAUUGAUCUGGUUCAGGCUGAGCCAGACCCAGCUAGGCCCAGAGGCGUCUCAUUUGAUCCCAUCUCCCCAGAUUUCAGAAACAUGGUUGUGAGUCCAGAGACACAUUUUGAGUUGAAGCCAAAAUGUGAACCAGCAGAGAACUUUCCUUCUGGCUACAGCAUCUCUCCAUCCUUGAGUCCUUCUGGCCCAAAUGAAGAGGCUGACCCUUCUAGCCACUCAGUGCACCAGCCAGCUGGCUCCAUCCCCACUCCAGUCAUCAUAGCCCAAAAAAUAGCUGCAUACCAAGGUGCUGGAGAUCCCAUUAGUCCCUCCAGCAUUUUAUCCACCCAUAGAAGGAACUUGGAUUCUGCAGGAGGCUCAUCUUUCUCUGCCUCUGUUGACCACCUAGUCAGAGAGGGCUCUCCAACUGUUGUUGUUGCAAAGCCCACCCGUUAUCCAGACAACAUCACCAUCCAGGUAGGCAGCAGAGACUAUGGCCAGCUCAACAACAGGGCAUCUGUCAAUGUGCUGCACCGUCAGGCUCAGGUAUUGGCCAACAUAACAGGAACAUCUAGCACUUUGGAAACACUGGAAACAAAAACAGAGCGAAAAAUCCCAACUCGUAGCAUCUCAUUUCGGGACCCAGCACCAGACAGAUCCCACAUGGAGGCCCUGUCCAAACUUGGUUUGACCAGCAGCAGAGCUAUAUCCAGAACUAACAGCCACUUGGUUCAAGUCAACCCUCCUUCAGUGUCUACAAACAAAGCCCCUGUUUCAGACAUUCACGACAGUGACAGUAAAUCUAGAACUGCAGCAUCUUCAGCCUUAUCAUUUAAGAGUGAGACAUCUUUGCAUGAUUUGAACAUGUACAGUGGCAACCCUAGUCCAGCGAGGCCCACAGCAUCAUCGGAGACAAAUGCAGUCUCAAACUUUGAGUAUAUGAACCACUGUGAUCCGGACAAUUCCAUGUCGCCCCAGCUGUGUACCAAGUGCUCCUUAAGUGGCUUCAGCAAUUCUGGAGACAAACCAAGAGUAAUAAUUCCACUUUUGAAGGCAAGAAAUGAUACCAUCUGUAACAGCUAUGAUAGCAUGUCCAGCAUAAACUUACCUCCAUUAAGCACCACAGCAACUAAGACUGAGGCUUCCUUAAGCAUCAUCAACAGCUGUGGAGGCAAAACAAAAAUGAUGACGUCAACAUUCAUACAGAACACCGCCACUCCAUCCAGCAAUAUUGUUACGAGAAUCAGUGGACCCACAGAAAUGAUGUCCUCUUCCUUGCCUGCAACCACAGAGGCCUUUUCGAUCUACAGCAGCCAUGGAGAAAACUCCAAAGCAGCAACAACUUCCGAGAUCAACGCAAACAUCCCCAGAAAAACCAUUAGACCAGCUUCUGUAGGACUUUAUGCAAGAUCGAUGUCCUUCAGUAAAGAGCCCAGAACCUCUGAGAUAAGCCUGCAGACACGCCAAAGCAGAACUUCUAGCUUCCAUGGGAUACCAGUAUCCUCAGAACUGCGCUGGAGGUCCUUCUCGAAGCCCCCAGUGUUCCGACCGCAGGGAAUCACAGUGCAGUUCUCCGGUCGAGGAGCUACUGAUGAGUCUCGCAGAGAAGCUCUCCGGAAACUGGGGCUGCUCAGGGACACAUCCUGAACCCUCUGGAGUCCCUCCUGGACCAUACAUCAAACAUCUGCACUGAUAUUCCACCCUCAGUCCUUCAUUCCUCCUGGGCCCUAAACACAUGUUCACCCUCCAUUGUGACGGAAUCGCUUUACCCUCUUUACCACGGCUUGCUUUGGCACUUGCCCCACAACACAAAAUUUGCAUUUCCUCUGUUUAAAAUUACAGUGACUUACAGCAAUACACUGAGUGUAAUGAGAAAUGUGGAGUUUUGAACUGGCUGCCUUCAGAAUAGUAGGUGACGAAGACUGGAAAAGAAGUUUGGUUAUUUCUAGGUGGGAGAAUUUUUCAAUGGGGACCAAAAGCCAUGUGACAGUGCUGUGAUUUAGUGUUUACAACCUUUACCUUUUUAACUGUGUAUGUUUUAUGUGUAGAGGAGCUAACUUGAUUCUGUCCAUCUGACUAACACUGGCAUGUGAAACCUUAAAACUCACUCUCGCUUUCCUGUCACAGCAUGAAAUGAAGAUUAGCACUGAGAUCACAAAAAUAACUUUAAAAUACCCUGAAUACCUCAGGUAUACAUUUACAUGGAUAUUCGGGCUACUUUAACAACUGAUCACAAUCUACUCUUUAUAACCACAGGGAAAUCGUAGGCAUUUUAGUUAUACAAAUUAUUCUUCUCCUACCUGGUUUAUUUUUAUUAUUUUACCCUACAAAAAUAUUUCUGUCCCAUUGGCCACCGUUUGUGGUUUAUGUCCCUCAGUGCCUGGUACAUGCUGAACAGAAGAGCUGUGAUGUUCCUGUGUGUUUUGCUCAUCUCUCUGGGUGCAGUGUGUGUGUGAGAGAGUGCAUGAAUGCAAACCUAGAGUGGUAUGAUUUUCACUCUGAUUGGUUGAGUGUAAUUAUUAAUGGAUGUUGUUACAUGUUUUUUUUUCUUUCAUCAAAGUGACUCCGGUUUUGUAGUUUACCUACAAUUAUUUUUGAAGUAUUUACUGCUACACAGAAGACAUUGGAAACACUCAACAGGAACAUGUAUUUUAAAACUGACAAAGUUCAUUAAACUGUGCUUGUACCGAGGUGUAAGUGUGGAGCAACACUGAUACUGUAUUUGCUAAUAUGUAUGUAAUCCUAAUUGUUUUAUUUGAAUAUAAAGACUGUUGAAUGAGAAGUAUGUAAAAAUAAGGCUGAAAAAAUGUGUAAUUCAAAAAAAGAUUACAUGAGGAUUUAGAAUCAAAGAAAAAUUUAGAAUUUCUGGCAAUAAAUCGGGGAAGAUAUUCUGUUUAUACUUCUAAUAUAUUUUGAAAAAUAAAUUAAACCAGAAACAUAACCAAAAGGUAUCAUGCUGGUCCUCAGGAGAUUUUGUAUUCUUUAUAUUGUGCUCAUGUUUGUCAGCUACAAAGAAUAAACAUCUU